GUUGAUUUUUGUCUUUUAAAUAUUUUUCUUUAUUAUAAAUUUCGCGCACACAAUAUUAUUACAUAAAUAAUUAGGUACCUACCAUUUAGCAAUGGCGUUUAGUUGACGGAUUUCAGACGGUACUGAAUCGGUACAAUUUUCUACCUAGUUCGUUUGUUGAAAGGACGCUUACAAUUUUAAUUAAAGUUUUUGUGACCUCUUAUUGAAUACAUUCUAAAAAUGUUAAACAUGGAUUUAAAUUUUUCGUGAGAAAGUGUUAAAAUCCGAUAUUUUGAAGCGACAUUUUAGUCAAUUACGUCAGCGCCGCCAAUGGGGCUUUGAAAGAUUACUAUGGAGGAAAGUGAAGACACAAAUAAUAUAAUGAGUGGAUUAGACAAUCCCUCUGUCAAAGCUAAAUCAAAGAAAAGGUCAUUAGUUGAGAGACAACUUGAAACUAACUUAACAACCAGAGUAACAUCGCCCAUAACCAACAAUGAAACUACAAACACGAGCAGAUAUGGUAGGCUUCGUCAUAAAAAAGCUGAUAUUGAAUUUUCAUCUCAAUCAAUGUCAAAAGUCCUAUUAUCGCCACGGUAUGAUAAACCUCCAAACAAAAAGUCAACUUACAAAAUGAAUGCUUCAUUUUCGCCAAGAAAGAAAGAAUCAAAACCAGAAUCAAUAUUUGAAAAUCAAAUACAGAAUUUAUAUAGUCAAAAUAUGUCCUUGAGCCGUUUUGGUUCUGAUGAAAAGCUACCUAAGAACUCUCGUAAAGCAUACAAGAGGAAAGACCUUAUACAGAUGAAAGAUGACGAUGAUAGUGAUAUUUUAUUGAUCAGUAAUAUGUUUUCACCAUCUAAAAGUGGUGUUAAACCAAAAUCUUCACAUGUUGAAAAAUCAAAAGAAAAACAAAAUUUUAAUUCAAGAAAAAAUGGACAUGUUGAUUUGUCAUCGGUUGUGAAGACUUUGGACUUUGAUGGGGAUAAAAAUAAAAAUGUUGAAAAAAGACCUGUUAAAAAUAGUGAUUUAUUUGAUAUUGAGGCCUCAUGUCAGUACCAAGUGGGAGACUUAGCCUGGGCACGAAUGAACACAUAUCCGUUCUGGCCGUGUAUUAUAACAAGGGAGCCAUUUAGUUCCCUGUUUGUCAAGAAGAAGUUAGUUGGAAAACUAUCUAAGGACAUCAUUCAUGUCACAUUCUUUGGAGACAACGGCCGAAGGAGCUGGAUAUUGGAAACAAAGUUAAGAAAAUUUCACGGGUUGUAUGAAUUUGAGCUUGCAAGAGAAAAAUUACCAGCAGAUGUAAGUUUUAUAUGGCUUAAGUUUAUUAUUUUAAUGCUAUGA